AUGGAAGUUGAAGAAAAUCAAUCCAAUUUAAAUAUUUAUAAUCAUAAAAUUAUCUUAGAAAAUCAAGAAAAAUUUACAUGGCAGUUUACAAACCAUGAGGAGAGAUUUAAAAAAUUUCGACAAUUUUAUAACAAUCAACAAUAUUUACAAUUUUUAGAUAAAUUGCAAUCUUUCUCAAGUACACAGCAGCAAUUCUUAUUAGAACAACAAAAUUUAUUACAACAACCUUUACAACGACAAGAACAAAACUUAUUACAAGAACAACAACUUUCACAAGAACAAUUACAGCAACAUUCUUUCCAACAAGAACAAAAAAAUUUAUUACAACAAUCUUUACAACCACAAGAACAACAAAAUUUACAAGAACGACCUUUACAACCACAAGAACAACAAAAUUUACAAGAACGACCUUUACAACCACAAGAACAACAAAUUUUACAAGAACGACCUUUACAACCACAAGAACAACAAAAUUUACAAGAACGACCUUUACAACAACAAGGACAGCAGCAUUUACAACACCAGGAUAAUUUACAACACCAGGAUAAUUUACAACACCAGGAUAAUUUACAACACCAUGAUAAUUUACAACACCAGAAUUUACAACACCAGAAUAAUUUACAACACCAUGAUAAUUUACAACACCAGAAUUUACAACACCAGGAUAAUUUACAACACCAGAAUUUACAACACCCGCAGAAUUUAGAACACCAGCAAAAUUUACAAAACCAGCAAAAUUUACAACACCAGGAUAAUUUACAACACCAGAAUUUACAACAUCAGCAGAAUUUAGAACACCAGCAAAAUUUACAACACCAGCAUAAUUUACAACACCAGAAUUUACAACACCCGCAGAAUUUACAACACCAGAAUUUACAACAACACCAGCAUAAUUUACAACACCAGAAUUUACAACACCCGCAGAAUUUACAACACCAGAAUUUACAACACCCGCAGAAUUUACAACACCAGCAGAAUUUACAAGAACAACUUUUAUCACAAAGUCAACAACAUUUAGAUUGGGACCAACUACUUAUAGAACAAAUACAACAACUGAAAAAUCACUUGCAACAACAAUUGCAAUAUCCUUUAGAACUGCAGAAAGAUCUUUUGCAAAGGCAAGAAGAAUUUUUACAAAAUAUCCGGCAAUUUCCAAAACAGCUAUGCGAUACCUUAAUUUAUCAACAAACUACACAACUUACACAACUAGAACAAGAUAUCAUAAAAGCCUUACAAUCUUUCGAUAAAAUCUUAACGGAUCAACAACAAUUCUUAAGUGAACAACAACAGCUUAUACGAGGGAAGCAAAUUUAUGUAAAAGAACAAAUCCCUAAAGCCAACUGUUUUGACUUUGAAAAUGACUAUGUAAUUAUUAGUAAAGAUGUUUACAAUGCUCAUAUUCAAAGAUAUCAAGAUCCUUCUUACUUACCAUAUCUUCAAUCAAAAAAUAAAUCACUUGAUAGUAAAUGUCAAAAACUUCGAACUGAUUAUCAAAAACUUCGAACUGACUAUCAAAAUCUUAAAUCUAACUAUCAAUUUAUUGAGAUAAAUUAUCAAAAACUUAAAACAAAUUCUCAAAAUGAACGUGAUGAUUUAUUAAAAAGGCUAAAUAUUUUGGAAAAAGCUAAUGAUGAUUUAAAAAAAGAAGCUAGAAAGUUUCAAUUGGCCUUGGGUAAUGCAACAAGUUCUCACUUAGAAACUCAUGAGUCUGAUAGCGCCGGUCAAUUAUCAAAUGAUAUUCGUAUUUUACAUAACCGUUUAGAAAAAUUUUGUGGUCUAAAAAGAGGAAUUGAAAUUAAUGAAUCGGAAGUAAAGGCUCUCUUAGAAAAAUUUGGUUGCAAAUUAAACGGUGAAAUACGAAAUAAUAAAAUUUUGAUUUCGGGUUUAUUAGAACGACUUGUGAUUGAAACCAUCAUUAAUAAAAGUUGUGAAUAUUUUAAUGAGAAUAAUACCGAUAAUAACGAUAAUAAGGAUGACAAACAAGAUGAUGAUCAAAAAUUAGAAGCAAAAAUUGUUAAUACAACAGAACAGUUAUUGCCGCUGAUAGAUUUGGUUCCAGAGAAUCGCGCUGGGAAUGAUGAAGUAAGCAAAGCUGCAUCAACUAAAUUACGGCGACAAAUUUACAGCGUUCUUGGAAAUCGUGGAUUUUGUAACAUUAAAGAAGAUAAGGAACAUCAAUUAAUUGCAAAAUUGCGAGCUGAGGUCGUAGAGCUGAUGAAUCGUUAUCGUACAUUUAAGAAUCCACAAAAAUUGUUAGAAAACGAAGAAAUGAUAGAUGAGAUCGUUAGACAAGUUGUUAAUAUAUUUCUGUUUAGACUAAAAGUACAAGAACCCAUCGCCCAUUGGAAAUUUUUUGAUAACAAGACAAGCAUCAAUACUAUUAUGAUGGAAGCGUCUUUAGAUAAUGCUGAUCUUGAAAAUGUAUAUGUUGAUGUUUGUUCAUUUCCGGUAAUUGGGUCUAAUCUUUGUGAAGCCGAUGAAGAAAAUAAAAAUUUGAAAGUAAUCUUUCAAGCUCAAAUUAUUCCCACUACUUGCGAAUAG